UAACAGCUAGGUGGUUUGCUCAGGAAAAGCAAAUAAAGUUCAGUCUCUGGAAGUUUCUCCCUUUGCCAGACACCCAGGUCCCCCUCUUAGUCCUGAACAGCAGCAGCUCCAAUUGUGUGAGUGUAGCAGCAGCAGCCCUGGCAUGUAAUGUGUCCCUAGCACAGGCUUUCUUUCCUUUUUCCUAAAAUUCAUUGGAGGGGAUGAAGGAGGGGAUAACACUGUUGGGGGUGGGUGAUGGGGGAAAGAGGCUGGUUUCAGGAUGAAGGGACUGGAUACUCUCUUUUGAUUAAUGCCCAAAUUACUUUCCUGAGCUCUCAGACCCCUGGAAAUACACAGGCUCGGGGUUAGGGUUUCGUUUCUUCUACUUUGAUUUUUAUCAUUUUUUUUUUUUAAUAAGACAUCUUUUAAAAAGGAAAGAGGAAAACUUGUAUUCUUGUAUUCAUAGGCAUGGCUUACAAGGAACAGGCAAGGAUCUAGGUUUUGGAGUUAAGCCAGUUAUAUACAUUUUGCACCCAGAUUGCUCUGCCCCAGUGCCCAGAGCAUACAGAAAUGACAGAGGAGAGUAAAGGAGGAGAGCAUGGCAAGGAACUGGUGAGGCAUCUGUGCCUGAGAGUCUGUGUUCUUAGCGAGCUGCUAAAGACUGAGAGGGACUAUGUGGGCUCCCUAGAGUUCCUUGUGUCGGCAUUUUUUCAUCGAAUGAUGCAGUAUGCUGCUCUGAAAGCUGAUAAGAAUGUUACAGAAGAGACUGUUAAGGUUAGGUUCUCCAAUAGGAGGCUCUGUUUGGCAGUACACAUGUUUUUUAUAAAAGUAACAAAUGAAUUACUUGUUGUAUGUUUCCAAUUGCAGAAAGAGCGUUUUGCAAUUUACAAUGAAUACUGCAGCAACCAUGAGAAAGCUCAGAAACUUCUGCUUGAACUGAACAAAAUACAUACAGUGAGGACAUUUUUACUGAAUUGCAUGCUAUUAGGAGGAAGAAAGAACACAGAUGUUCCACUGGAAGGUUAUUUAGUUGCACCGAUCCAGAGAAUCUGCAAGUAUCCACUUCUUUUGAGAGUAAAGGUGAAGAGAACUCCAAAGAAACACAGCGACCAUGUAUGUGUUGUGGAUGCUCUCCAAGCUAUGAAAGCUGUUUGCAUAAACAUCAAUGAGGCCAAGCGACAGAUGGAAAAACUGGAAGUCCUGGAGGAAUGGCAGUCCUACAUUGAAGGGUGGGAGGGAUCAAACAUCACUGAUACUUGUACGGAGAUGCUUAUACAUGGGGUCUUGCUAAAGAUCUCAUCUGGAAAUAUCCAGGACCGUGUGUUUUUUCUGUUUCUUUUAGUGCACUGCAAAAGAAUAUAUAGGUGUUUGAAGAAUAACAAAGCAUCUACAGAUAGUCACCGCUAUAUUUUCAGAGGUCGAAUCAACACAGAGGUGAUGGAGGUUGAAAAUGUUGAUGACGGAACAGCUGAUUUUCAUAGCAGUGGGAACAUGGUGGUCAAUGGGUGGAAGAUACAUAACACAGCCAAGAACCAGUGGUUUGUCUGCAUGGCAAAGACCCCAGAGGACAAACAAGAAUGGCUGGAGGCUAUAUUAAAGGAGAGGGAAAGAAGGAAAAGCUUGAGACUUGGCAUGGAGCAAGAUACCUGGAUGAUGAUAAUAAUAAAUAAACUCUAUAAAAUGAUGUGCAAACAUGGAAGUCUGAUCAAAGACAGGAAAAAGAAACUCAAUUCAUUUCCAAAAUGUUUUAUUGGAAGUGAAUUUGUUGAUUGGUUACUGGAAAUUGGAGAAAUCCACAAAUCAGAGGAAGGAGUGAAUCUUGGACAGGCCCUAUUGGAGAAUGGCAUCAUUCAUCAUGGUGAGUUUUCCCUACAAAACGUGCGUGGUGACAUCACACAUCACGUGCUGAUGUUGCGCGUUGAUGCUGCAUGUUUUGAUGCUGCCGUCAUGACGCUGCCCGGAUUGGUGCGCUGGCGUCCAAUGUCUACGUGGUUCCCCCUGGGCGUGGCCAUUUUAAGCAAGACGCUGGCAGGGAAGGAGGCAUCGGGAAAAUAUUCCUUUGCGGGGACUAAUGCGCAAACUGAAAACAUGAAUGCGCUAUGCUCAUUAGUAUUUGCAUCAAGAACUGGAGACAGCUUGAGAGAUAAAGAUUACCAUCUAAGAACAUACAAAUCUGUUGUUAUGGCAAACAAGCUUAUAGACUGGCUUAUUGCCCAGUUCAACACAGCGAUUUUUACAUCUGAUCAUAAACCUCCGCUUUACAAAUAUGUGCUAGUAAUAGAUUAUAAAUUGGAUAUUAAGGGCAACAAACUAAAGAGAUUGUUGGAAAAAAGCGAGUUUAAGGAUGAACCUCUUCUAUUUCGAUUCUUUUCUGAUGAAGAAAUGGAAGGAUCGAAUAUGAAGCACCGCCUUAUGAAGGAUGAUCUUAAAAUAGUUGAAAAUGUUAUUGCAAAGUCUUUAUUGGUAAAGCCCAGUGAUGGAAGCUGCGGUUUUGCUCUGGAAGAUAGAAAUAAGGUGCCCAUUGUAAAGAUCCUGGAAAGGGGUUCCAAUGCUGAGGAAACUAAGCCUUUUGUGUCGUAUGUAUUGCUGUAUGUAAACUUAGUAGGCAAUAAAAAAAAACAUCCUUUUAAUGUUUUCUAUGCAGUAAAUGGUGACCUUGUAUUCCGGCGACCUUUCCAUGAAGUGGAUUGUUUCCUGAAGACUUUCCACGAAGUGGAUUGUUUCCUGAAGACUUGCUUGAAAAGCAGAAAGCCGCUGAGAAUCCUCAUGAGCACGAAGCCAAGGGACACUGUUAAAACUACAGAUUCUCCUGAAGGCCUUGGCUUCCAGAUAAGAGGGUUUGGUCCCUCUGUGGUCCAUGCUGUUGGAAGAGGAACAGUAGCAGCUGUCGCCGGCCUUCACCCUGGACAGUGCAUCAUUAAAGUGAAUGGAAUUAACGUCAGCAAGGAGAGCCAUGCAAGUGUCAUUGCCCAUGUAACAGCCUGCAGGAAGUACAGACACCCAAUGCAGCAAGACUCUAUACAGUGGAUAUAUGACAGCAUUGAGAGUGCCAAGGACGAGAUUCUGAAAAUAAAUCACACAAAGCCAUCAGUGGAUAAUGAAGGGGAUGGCUUUGACUGUAAAGUUGAAGAGGUGAUUGACAAGUUCAGCACCAUGGCCAUCAUUGAUGAGAAGAAGGACCAUGUGAGCCUGACAGUUGAUAAUGUCCAUCUGAAAUAUGGGGUUGUUUAUGAAUAUGCCUCUAUAUGCCAUGUCAAAUGCCAUGUCAUAGAGAGGAUGAUUGAACCCAAAGGCUUCUUUAGCUUGGCCAGUCCCACAGUUUGGGAACCUAACUUUAUUUAUUCAUUUACUGUUCUAAAUCAGUAUUUUUCUAGACUACUAAAAAACAGAGCCUGGCCAAACUUCAAACAAGCAAAGACAAAGACCUCACCUUUGCAUAGCAGUGACUUCUGCCCAACAAACUGCCAUAUCAAUGUGAUGGAGGUCUCAUACCCCAAAGCAUCCACGUCUCUUGGCAGUGCUUUUGGGGUUCAACUUGACAGCAGAAGACAGGCCUCACAGGACAAGGAGAAGAAGCAUUCUGAACAAGUUGAGCCUUCUGGAAACUUUGCUGAAAGGAUGAAGGAACAGGAACGUAAAACAGAGAUGCUGAUAACUUCAGAGUGUGAUAAUGAAAAGGGAGAGAAGAAUGGCAAGCGGGUCUGCUUCCAUGUGGCUGGUGAGGAACAAGAAGAUUCAGGGCAUGACACCAUCAGCAACAGAGAUUCCUACAGCGAUUGUAACAGCAAUAGAAACUCCAUUGCUUUGUUUACAAGUAUCUGCAGCAGCCAGUGCAGUUCUUACCUCCAGAGCGACGAAAUGGAUUCUGGUGAUGAAUUACCCUUAGGUGUACGCAUUUCACAUGACAAGCAAGACAAACUGCAUAGCUGUUUAGAACAUCUAUUUAGUCAGGUAGAGUCAAUAACUUUACUUCUAAGGGGACCAGCUGUUGCAAGAGUCUUUGAACAGACCAAAUAUUUCACACUGGGUCGAAGCUUACAAGAGUCUAUAUUAUUUUCAGGAAAUCUCAGUUUUUACAUUUUUUAUGUAGAAUUUCAGCAGGAAAUGGAGCCGAAACUAGGCUGCCCAAAGCGAUUCCGGCUUCAUAUUAAACAAGACCCUUGGAAUCUACCUAGCAGUGUCCGGGUGCUUGCACAGAACAUUAGGAAGCUUAUGGAAGAGGUGAAAAGCCGGAUUCUUUUGGUUUUACUUGAAUAUUCAGACGGUGAAAUCCAGCUACGGAGGGACAUGGUAUUUUGCCAAAGCCUAGUGGCUACUGUCUGUGCUUUCUCUGAGCAACUGCUGGCAGCCCUAAACCAGAUGUUUUACUACAAUUGAGACUAUGAUGAGGAUACACGGGAGGCCAGCAAAAGGUGGCUGGAGCAGAUUGCUAAUGCAGGUGUUCUCUUCCACUUCCAGUCUCUGCUUUCCCCAAAUCUGACAGACGAACAGUCUAUGCUAGAAGAUUCUCUUGUUGCACUGUUUGAUUUGGAAAAGGUUAUGUUUUACUUCCGACAAUCUGAGCAAGGGCCGCUCGUUCCAAAUGUGCCUAUAACCUAUCAAGUAGAGGGAAGCCGUCAAGCCAUGAAAGUGUUCUUUUACAUUGACAGUUACCACUUUGAUCAUCUACCACAACAGCUCAAAAAUGGAGGAGGCUGUAAGAUCCAUCCUGUUCUGUUCUCUCAAGCCCUGGAGAGCAUGGAUGGUUAUUAUUACAAGGACAAUGUUUCCAUUGAAGAAUUUCAAGCCCAGAUUAAUGCUGCAACGCUAGAGAAAGUCAAACAGUAUAAUCAGAAGCUGAGAGCCUUCUACUUGGAUAAGUCAAAUCUUCCUCCAAAUACUACGUCUAAGGCUGCGUUCAUUGACAAGUUAUUGAGGUCACUCAAUGCUUUGGAUGAACUGUAUCGGCUGGUAGACUCAUUUAUUCAUUCUAAACGAAUGGCAGCCUGUGCCUACACAGCAUGCAGCGCCUCAGGAGUUGGAUUGCUCUCAGUGGCUUCGGAACUUUGCAACAGGCUUGGAGCGUGCCAUGUCAUAACGUGCAAUAGUGGAGUGCACCGCUGCACUUUAGGUGUGACCCUGGAGCAGGCUCUUAUACUUGCCAGAAGUCAUGGACUGCCCCCACGCUAUAUCAUGCAAGCUACAGAUGUCUUGAGAAAACAGGGUGCAAGGGUUCCGAAUACAGCCAAGAAUCUUGGAGUAAGAGACAGAACUCCUCCAGAUGCUCCAAGAUUAUACAAGUUAUGUCAACCACCACCCACUGAUGGAGAGCCAUAAAGGUGCAGAAGAUAUGAAACACCUGCCUUUAUGAAAUGGGAGAGGAAUCCAUGAAGAGCCUACUGUAAACUCUCCUUCAAGAUGACAGAAGUAGGAACCUUAGUCUCAUAAUCUGCACUAGCCACAUGGGAAAGAGACGGUAUUAUUCUAACCGCAAGCUAUUCAGAACAGACACUGAAAACAGUGCAAGCAGCACUUAAGGAUUGGAAAUAUUCUCAAGGGACAAUGGAUAUUUGAAAAUUGAGGUUUAACGAUGAUGGAACACAAAGGGGCAGAUUUACAAAAUUCGAGUGAAGAAUUCGAAUGUAAAAAUCUUCGAAUUUCGAAGUA